ACAUUGGCAUUGCCUAAGUGAAAUUCAGACAUGCAAUACAAUAGCGCAAAAAUUGGGAGACCAAGCAUGACACUAGGAGAGAUACAAACCGGAAGCGAGACGCCAGCACAACAUCCCAAAGCAGUGCAUCCAGUCCAAAAUAAAAACCAAACAAGGAAUAGCAGCGGAAUGAUCAUAAGCAUGGAUAAAACGAAUGAAAAUGGAAACGGGAAUCCCAAGCAUGAAAAACAGAUCGACGCGACAAUAUCGUUUUUGCGCGCUGCUCGCAGUGGCGACCUUCGCAAGGUUCUUGAGUUUAUCGAGAGUGGCCAAAUUUCAGACAUUAAUACCUGCAAUGCAAAUGGACUCAACGCCUUACAUCUGGCGGCGAAAGAUGGAUAUGUGGAAAUCUGUGCAGAGCUAUUGAAACGAGGCAUCAAGGUGGACAACGCCACCAAAAAGGGCAACACAGCGCUGCACAUAGCUUCGCUGGCUGGCCAGCAACAGGUUAUUAAGCAACUCAUUCAUCACAGUGCAAAUGUAAAUGUUCAGUCGCUAAAUGGAUUCACUCCGCUAUAUAUGGCGGCACAAGAGAACCACGAUGGUUGUUGUCGCUUGCUACUGGCCAAAGGUGCGAAUCCCUCACUGGCCACAGAAGAUGGUUUUACGCCGCUAGCCGUAGCCAUGCAGCAAGGGCACGACAAAGUGGUGGCGGUGUUACUGGAGAGUGAUGUACGUGGAAAAGUAAGGCUACCUGCCCUACACAUUGCCGCUAAGAAGAACGAUGUAACUGCCGCUACGCUGCUAUUACAGCAUGAUCAAAAUGCUGAUAUCGUCUCUAAGUCGGGCUUCACACCCCUUCAUAUUGCAUCGCAUUAUGGAAAUGCGGAUAUUGCCACUUUGUUGCUCGAUCGAGGGGCCGAUGCUAAUUAUACCGCCAAACAUAAUAUAUCGCCCCUUCAUGUGGCCUGCAAGUGGGGUAAGACGGAGGUCUGCAGUCUCCUGUUGGCACGUAACGCACGCAUUGACGCAGCUACGCGAGAUGGGCUAACGCCUCUGCAUUGUGCUGCCCGAUCCGGUCACGUUGCUGUUAUUGAGCUGCUAUUACGGCACCAGGCUCCCAUUUUGUCAAAGACGAAAAAUGGACUGUCAGCGCUCCAUAUGUCUGCUCAGGGCGAGCAUGAUGAAGCUGCUCGGCUGCUACUCGACCAUAAGGCUCCUGUCGAUGAGGUGACAGUAGACUAUUUAACAGCACUGCAUGUGGCUGCACACUGCGGACACGUUCGUGUGGCUAAAUUGCUUCUCGACUACGGAGCAAAUCCAAACUCGCGUGCCUUAAAUGGAUUUACCCCUCUUCAUAUUGCAUGCAAAAAGAAUCGAAUCAAAGUGGCCGAAUUGUUAAUCAAACACGGAGCGAACAUUGGAGCGACAACAGAAUCGGGUCUUACGCCAUUACACGUGGCUAGUUUUAUGGGAUGCAUGAACAUUGUAAUAUUUUUGUUACAAUAUAGUGCUAGCCCUGAUGUGCCCACAGUUCGAGGAGAAACUCCGCUCCACUUAGCGGCGCGUGCUAAUCAGACCGAUAUCAUUCGAAUUUUAUUGCGCAAUGGGGCACAGGUGGACGCUAUUGCACGGGAGGGACAGACUCCUCUUCAUGUAGCCUCUCGACUUGGCAACAUAGAUAUAAUUAUGCUAAUGAUACAACAUGGAGCAAAGGUGGAGGCCAGUACGAAGGAUAACUAUACUGCUUUGCAUAUUGCUGCUAAGGAGGGGCAAGAGGAAGUAUGCCAAGUGUUGCUGGAGAAUGGUGCUCAGUUGGAUGCGGUUACAAAAAAAGGAUUCACACCGUUACAUCUCGCCUGUAAAUAUGGCAAACCGGAAGUAGUCAAGCUACUGCUGGAAAAGGGUGCUCCUAUAGAUUGUCAAGGUAAAAACGAAGUGACGGCUCUUCACAUUGCCGCACACUACGAUCAUCAGACUGUGGCUACACUGCUGCUUGAUAAAGGAGCUUCACCCCAAAUAUGCGCCCGCAAUGGACACAGCGCUCUACACAUUGCGGCUAAAAAGAAUAACUUGGAAAUAGCUCAGCAUUUGUUGCAGCACUGCGCCGAUGCCAACCUUCAGAGUAAAUCGGGCUUUACUCCGUUGCAUCUUGCGGCUCAGGAAGGGCAUCUUGAUAUGGUUCAACUUCUGUUGGAACACGGUUCCACCAGUGUACCCGGUAAAAACGGGCUGACACCUCUUCACUUGGCUUCUCAAGAAGGGCAUGUUGCCGUGGCCCAAGUUCUGCUUAAUCACGGAGCAUGUAUUUUAGAGCGAACAAAGUCUGGCUACACCCCCCUUCAUAUUGCCGCUCAUUAUGGGCAAAUCAAUCUGAUUAAAUUUCUACUAGAAAACGAUGCCAAUAUAGAAAUGACAACAAACAUUGGAUAUACACCACUGCAUCAAGCCGCCCAACAAGGACACACAAUGGUAAUCAACCUGCUUCUGCGCAACAAAGCGAAUCCCGAUGCCGUAGCAAAUAAUGGUAAAACCGCUCUAAAUAUUGCUCACAAUUUGGGAUAUGUAACUGCUGUAGAGACUCUUAAAGUUGUAACUCAAAUGUCGGUGGUUAAUACAACGACUGGUGUGGUGGAGGAAAAGUACAAGGUUGUGGCUCCCGAAUUUAUGCAUGAGACAUUACUCUCCGACUCGGAAGAUGAAGGAGGGGACGACCUUUUAGAUCACAAUCAAUACAAAUACAUGGCAACCGAUGAUCUUAAGGCAAGCAAUGACCAUGAUAACCAAAAUUUCGAUACAACAAGUACUGGUAUUGAACAGGCGGAUGGAACUUUGGGAGGCUGCAAUGAAAAGGAAAUCGUAAAAUCUGUCAAUACUACUUUGAACACAUCUUCAGUGGAACGAAAGAGUGAUAAUGUUGUCAUAGUUAGACCACCCGUUCAUCUGGGAUUUCUUGUAUCGUUUCUGGUGGACGCUCGUGGUGGAUCCAUGCGCGGAUGUCGUCACAGUGGCGUCCGCAUUAACGUGCCGCCAAAGGCCUGUACGGAGCCUACUCGAAUCACUUGUCGUUACGUUAAGCCACAAAGGAUAGUGAAUCCUCCCCCACUAAUGGAAGGUGAGGCGCUGGUAAGUCGGAUUCUGGAAAUGUCACCUGUUGAGGGAAAGUUUUUAAGCCCAAUUGUCUUGGAAGUGCCCCACUUUGGAUCACUGCGAGAAAAAGAACGCGAAAUCAUUAUACUCCGCUCCGACAAUGGUGAAAGCUGGCGUGAGCACAGCUUAUACGAAAACGAAGAGUACAUGCUGGAAGCCUUAAACGAGGCAACUGCUGGCAACGACACGGAAGUAAAUCCGCUGGAAGACCUACAUACAAACCGCAUCAUUCGUAUUGUGACACAAAAUGUGCCUCAUUUCUUUGCUGUCGUAUCUCGAAUACGACAGGAAGUUCAUGCGAUCGGAACAGAUGGCGGCACUGUUUCGUCGACAGCAGUGCCUCAAGUGCAGGCCAUAUUUCCUCCUCAUGCUUUGACAAAAAAAAUUCGUGUCGGUCUUCAGGCACAACCAGUUGAUUUGAUAGAUUGCUCCAAGCUGCUUGGCCAGGGUGUCGCUGUAUCUCCGGUGGUCACUGUUGAGCCGCGUCGAAGGAAGUUUCAUAAGGCGAUUACGUUGAGUAUUCCAGCACCUAAAGCAUGCAAUGAGGGCAUGGUAAAUGCACCAUAUGGUAGUGGAGGGUCAGGCAACGGAAAUGCAAACGUGCAUGCUCCAACGCUGAGGUUGUUGUGCUCCAUUACUGGUGGACAGACACGCGCUGCUUGGGAAGAUGUUACUGGAUCCACACCGUUGGCAUUUGUUAAAGAUAGCGUUACAUUUACAACAACAGUCUCGGCUCGCUUUUGGCUAAUGGACUGCCGUAAUAUCGCAGACGCUGGCAGAAUGGCAACCGAGCUGUAUACCUACAUGGCACAGGUGCCUUUUAUGGUAAAGUUUGUAAUAUUUGCAAAACGCAUAUCAGCUACCGAGGCAAAGCUCUCCGUGUUCUGUAUGACAGACGAUAAGGAGGACAAAACUCUCGAACACCAGGAAUAUUUCAAGGAGGUAGCCAAGAGCCGAGACAUUGAAGUUCUUCAGGAUCAAAAUAUUCACCUAGACUUUGCUGGCAACUUGGUUCCAGUUUUGAAAUCGGGCGAGCAGUUGAGCAUAAAAUUCAAAGCUUUUCGCGAGAAUCGGCUAUCCUUCAUUGUCCAUAUCAAGGAUCAAGAUCAACCACAUGGCCACGUUUGCUUUAAAUCCGGUCCUGGUGAUUCUCCACAAGCGGUCUGUGCAUUAAAUGUUUCGCUAGCCGACGACGACCUUCAAGCGGGUGAUCAUCAGCAUGGAAACGGUAUUUACAACAAUACUGAAACUUUUAAAAUUGUGAAUAAAAUAAACCAUGGACUCCAUUACAAGGAUCUAAUAAAUGCAGAGAUCAAAGCUUCCGCAGCCGCUAAAGACAACCGGGUUCUUUCGGCUGAUCUAACAAAAUUUUCAGCAAACGGCUCUCACUCCGAUAUUAUUCACAAUGAUGACAUACAGCGCGCCGAUAUUCGACUAUCAGACAUUGCUAGUCUAAUAGGCAACGAUUGGCCGGAGCUGGCUAAAGAAUUGGGUGUACCCGAGACUGACAUUGACCUGGUUAAAGCCGAAUAUGCUAGUGACACGCAACCGGGCCUUGUUGUGCUACAGCUCUGGAUAGCUCAAGAAGGCUCUUCCCGUGCCACUGGCAAUGCCAUGGCUCAAGCCCUGUAUAAAAUUGGUCGUGGGGACAUUGUUGGGAAGUGCAUCGUAAACCUGGAGCCCGUAACCGACAUUUUGGAAUUGGAUGUGGCCACUGCUAGACUUGAUUCACACGAGAAGCCCAAUCACACAUCAAUAUCCGAAAAUGUUGAAAAUCUUGAAAACGGUCAACAGGGUAAAUUGGAGGCUGUAGAUUCCUUGGUAAUUGCUGUUCCGAACGUUGAGCCCAACGAAGGUAUUUCUUGUGCAACACCGCCGCCGACUCCAAUAGAAGCUCUAGAAGACAAAAAAUUGGAGGACACCUUGGAGACUGUAUACGAUACAGCAAAGGAGCACACUUUACAGUUGCUGGAAGAAGCUCAGAACACCAUUGAGCAAAGGGCACUAUCAGACAUUCAGAACGUGGUACCAGAUCAAACUGCCGUCGAAGACGUGUUGAUGAAGUCACUGGCAGAUAUACAUAAUCGUAAUUCUUCGUCAGUCCCAGCCGAUGUCUCUGAACACUCUAAAGUGUUCGCCGCCAAUGAAUCUUCUGCAGCAGCAGGUGUGACAGAAGCAAUAGACAGCAACAAGAUCAACCCGUCAAGGAAUAUAGCUGAGUAGAUUCUUCGAAGUAUUGUCAUGCAUAGGCGUCGACAUCGUAUAUUUAUUUAUUUAUUUAUCAAUAUACUCCUAAUCGUAAUCGUUCAUUGUUUGUCUAUACCAAGCAAUUCAUUAUUUAUCAAAACCAAUAAAAUGUAUGUCUAUGUUUAUAUGUAUAAAUUGUAUCAAAUCAAACAUGUUUAAAAUUAACCAUACAACCUUUUGUGGGUCUUUGAUGAAUAUUUCUGUCGAAAUAUUUAAACAAAACAUGUGUAUCAAGCUAACCGAAUAAAUUGUUGAACUAUA